UAUCUUUUAGAUGCAGUUUUGAAAAAAAGAAAAAACAUAUUCUAGAUUUGUUGUGUGCAAAACAAAAAAGCCGUUUGUUGGUAAAGAGAGGCGGGGAAGAAGGAGAGGCACUCAAAACAGAGAGAGAGAAGCAGAGUCAAUGGAUUUUUAUAGAAAGCUCUCCUCUUCUCUUCAUUUCCUUUUUUUCAUUUCCUACAAUAUUACAGACCAAGAACAAUCAAACGGAUCUUCUUAGAAAGGAGACACACCCAAGAACUUAAAGAAAACAAACCAUAUAUUUGUCCAUUGAAGCUCAAAACAUCUUUUUGUGUAGUGCUCUUAGACUUGGAUGGCGAAGCACAGGAGGGACAGAGACGGAGGAUUUGGCGUGGAUGGAUUGGUUGCUGUGGCCAUCGACAGAGACAAAAACAGCCAAACUGCUCUGAAAUGGGCUGUUGAUAAUUUGUUGCAGAAAGGCCAAACCGUCGUCCUCGUACAUGUCAAGCCUCGGGCUUCAUCUUUGUCCACAAACCCUUCAAUCAACUCAAACUCUUCUAAGAUGAGCCAAAUAAAUAAUGAUUCUUCAUUGGUGUGUGGAGACCCAGAAGGCUCUUAUAAACAGUUGUUCCUUCCUUUUCGUUGUCUCUGUUCACGCAAAGAUAUACAAUGCAAAGAUGUGUUAUUGGAGGAGUCAGAUGUGGCGAAAGCUUUAGUCGAAUACGCAAAUCAGGUCGUGAUUGAGGUAUUGGUGGUUGGUUCCUCUUCAAAAGGUGGCUUUCUCAGGUUCAACAAACCUACAGAUAUUCCAGGAACCAUCACCAAGACCGCACCUGAUUUCUGCACGGUUUAUGUCAUAACCAAAGGAAAGCUUUCAACAAAGAAAACAGCUUCUCGUGCUGCGCCGUCUGUUUCUCCAUUACGCAUCCAGCUUCAACAGACUAGCUUAAAGCCACAUCCACCUUUGCCUUCUGCAACUACUAACACAAGAGCUGAGAGACAGUCAUUUGAGUCUCAGCAUCGCAGGUCCCUUGACGAUCAGUCAGAUUCCUUCAGGUCACCCUACACUAGAAGAGGCUUGAAUGGGAGAUCAUAUGGAGACCUAUCAAUCCCGGAUUCUGACAUAUGCUUCAACAGCUCUGGAAGACCAAGCAUUGAGCGCAACUCUCCUUCCUUGUACGACAAUUCGGAUCCAAACCGGACUCCUCCAAGGCUAUCAAAUUUCUCAGACAUUGACUAUGGUAGCUUCGAGUCAAUGACCUUCGGAAGGAGGUCAAUGGAUAUAAGCUCACCAACUGCUUUCUCAACUGGCUCAUUUGAGAAUGAAAGGUUUUCAUCGGCUUCUCAAGGAGGGGAUGAUGUAGAGGCUGAGAUGAGGAGGCUUAAACUGGAGCUGAAACAAACGAUGGAAAUGUACAGUACAGCUUGCAAGGAAGCUCUCACAGCAAAACAUAAGGCAACAGAGCUUCAACGCUGGAAGUUAGCAGAAGAAAGGAAAUUCGAAGAGGCAAAGCUUGCAGAGGAAGCUGCAUUAGCCAUUGCGGAGAAGGAGAAAGCAAAGUCCAAAGCAGCAAUGGAAGCAGCUGAAGCAGCUCAAAGGAUUGCUGAUAUCGAGUCCCGAAAGAGAGUCGAUGCAGAAAUGAAAGCUCUGAAGGAAUCAGAGGCGAGAACAAAAGCCGUGAAUGCUUUAGCAAACUCAGAUGUCAGAUACAGGAAGUACUCCAUCGAGGAGAUUGAGGAUGCAACAGAGUUCUUUGAUGAGAAAUACAAGAUCGGAGAAGGCGGUUAUGGACCUGUCUACAAGUGUUAUCUGGAUCACACACCUGUGGCUGUGAAAGCUUUGCGCCCAGAUGCAGCUCAAGGCAGGUCACAGUUUCAGCAAGAGGUUGAAGUGUUAAGCAGUAUAAGGCACCCUAACAUGGUUCUUCUGCUUGGAGCAUGCCCAGAAUGUGGAUGCUUAGUGUAUGAGUUCAUGGCUAAUGGGAGCUUAGAAGACCGUCUUUUCAGAGAAGGAGACAGCCCGCCCCUCUCUUGGCAAACAAGAUUCAGAAUUGCUGCAGAGAUCGGCACUGUACUGUUGUUCCUCCACCAGACUAAACCAGAACCAUUGGUUCACCGUGAUCUCAAACCAGCAAAUAUCUUACUAGACCGCAACUUUGUCAGCAAGGUUGCUGAUGUUGGCUUGGCUAGGCUGGUCCCUCCAUCCGUUGCAAACACCGUGACGCAAUACCGCAUGACAUCAACUGCUGGCACAUUUUGCUACAUCGACCCAGAGUAUCAACAGACGGGGAUGCUGGGUGUGAAAUCUGACAUUUAUUCGCUUGGCAUUAUGUUUCUGCAGUUAAUAACAGGAAAACCACCUAUGGGUCUAACCCAUUAUGUGGAAAGAGCCCUCGAGAAGGGUAAUUUGAAAGAUUUGCUCGAUCCUGCUGUGUCUGAUUGGCCUGUUGAAGAUACCACAGAGUUUGCCAAGUUGGCUCUCAAGUGCGCAGAGAUAAGGCGAAAAGACAGACCUGAUCUUUCCAAAGUUAUAUUGCCAGAGCUCAACAGAUUAAGAGUACUUGCUGAAGAAUCAACAAAGACUGCAGUAGUCAUUAAUAGCCCCGGACCAACCCCCACUGAGAGUCAAAGUUCCUCCCCCAAGUUGUGAGAAAUGAUAAACAAUUGAUCUGCACAUAAAAAGAGACAGAGGAUUCAAAUGCAACUAGUAAUCCAUUUUCCACCUAAGUUACACUUAUCCUUAAAAGGUAUACACGCUCAUGAAAAAGGCAACUGAAUUUGUAUGCUCACUAUAUAAUACAGUAGAGUCUUUCACUUGUAGAUAAUGUACAGAUGAUUAAAGUUAACUUACCAUCUAGCUAAGGAUUGAGGAAAUUCAGUGAUGAAA